AUGGAUCCUUUACCAACCUCCUUACAGUUGGAGUCCAACAAGAAGAACAACAAGAAGGAGUCCCUAAAGUUCCUGAAGAAGAAGUUGGUCCUUUUAGUGAGGGGGAAGAUGAUGCAAGACUCCAACAAGACGAUGAACAAGAUCGUCUUGUACAACAAUCUCAGCACAGCGGCUUUUAUUACUAAAAGCCAAAAAUGGGAGCUUCGUAAGCUAUCAGAUGAACAUUCUUGCUCAUCACCUAUUAUUACACAAGAUCAUGUUAACCUUGGCUAUGUAUAUAUUAGCAAAAGUAUUCUUCCUUUGGUGGAGAGUGAUCCAUCCAUUUCUAUUCCAACAUUAAUAGCACACAUCAAAAAUGCUGAAGGGUACACAAUCUCAUACUGCAAAGCUUGGAUGGCAAAGCAAAAGGCAAUUGAAGACUUACAUGGCAACUGGGAACAAUCUUACCAUGAUUUACCCAAGUUGCUCAGUGCCAUGAGUGGAUUUCUUAAUGGAUUUGUUGUUGAGAAGCAAACAAGGCCACUAUACAACAAACAAGGUGAGAUGGUUCAUCAUUAUGUUCAAUUCCAUAGAGUAUUUUGGACAUUUAAACCUUGUAUUGAUGGGUUCAAAUAUUGCAAGCCCAUUGUUCAAGUUGAUGGCAAAUUCUUGUAUGGCAAAUACAAAGGAACUCUCCUUAUGGUCGUGGCUCAAGACGGUAACAACAAAAUCUUUCCAAUUGCCUUUGCAAUUAUUGAGGGUGAAACAGCAGAAGCAUGGUUUUUCUUUCUACAUUAUCUCAAAAGACAUGUUUGCCCUCAAGAUGGCCUUUGCUUAAUUUCGGACAGGCACGAGUCUAUCAAAAAUGCCUACGCUAGACAGGACAGUGGUUGGACACCUGAGAAUUCGGUGCGUGUGUUCUGUAUUUGCCAUAUAGCUCAAAACUUCACGAGGCAUUUCAAGAAUACAGAACGAAAAAAAUUAAUCAUCAAUAUGGCUUAUGGGAUGACUAAGCCAAGAUUCAAUUACUACUACAACAUGCUAAGGAGCGAACCAGAAACUGAAGGUGUAAUUGAAUGGCUCAACACCAUACCAAAAGAACAAUGGACUCUUGCAUGGGACGGUGGCCGAUGA